GUUUGUUCAGAUUGUCAACAUUGCGUUCGCCGCGUCAGCUGACUGUCUUGUGAUGGGUUUCGAUGAGGACUUUGAUACAUAUAUAGAAAAUAUCCUGCCGGCUACAUGAAAGCAUUUAAAUAAUAGAGAAGCAACUAGUGUAACAUCAUUGUAUGGAAUUUCUACGGAAACUAUUUGGUGGAAACGCCAAAGGUGCAUCGACAGCAACCGCGUCAGCAGUUGUGAACCAGAACACGGAAGAAGAUGAAUUCACAAUUUUGUCCAUGGAAGAUGUUGGACCACAGUUACGCACGGGAAGCCCACGUGAUACGGGUCAUGGCACGAAUAGUGGUAGCACUGUUGUCGAAUCUGCGCAACGCCAUGCCAGAGGCAUCGCUCGAACCGCCCGCGCACUGUUGCCGUCGAGGUCAAAACCAAUACAAAUAUCCUAUCACACAGAAGAUACCCGCGAACCACCGAAUUUACACAUUUUUAUCGAAAACUUUGACUUUUUCAUCCACGCCGACAUGCUGCUUAAAAAAAGUGGCUAUAUGAGGGCGCUCCUUGCAAGUGGAAUGGCAGACAGUGACGCCAUGAAGACGUCCAAUGAAAUGCGAUUCAACGCAGCGCCACCUACGGCUCGGGCAAUGCUUGUGAUUCUCGACCACAUUUACGACAAAGAAACAGAUAUCCCCGAAGACGAAGAACUGCAAGAUGAUGUGAUGAUGGCGGCCGAUUUUUUGGAGGUUUCCUUAAAUCCGAAGUUAUUCUCCAAAUUCGUCACUCUGGAAAGCUGGGCGCAGUAUUUAACUAAAGCCAAAUUACAUAACUGGGCCAACUUUACGGAUUUUAUAAAUUUGUUUUUGGCCGCCCACUAUCGCUAUUUGAGGAAGGGGGAACAACUGUCCAACUUAUCAGCAAGUGCCAUACGCGAUAUCGAACAUAAAACUGAGUGUGACGAAAUACGAGAAUUCUCUAAAACCUCACUGUGUAUUCUAUUAAAACACGAAGCAGUCGGUGACGAUCACAAUGUGGGAAAGGUGUUAUGUUGCUAUGACGACGCUGUCAAAGAUUGGAUACUGUUGGAUGUUUUUCCUCCCCGUUGUAAUGAAUUCAACAACAGUCUACAUUCGUCGUUUCGUCAUACGUAUGUAGCGCUGAAGAUAGGCCAUUACAGACGAGAUCACAAUUACGAUUCGAAUGACUGGCGUGAAAUGCAGAUUGUAACGAACUCCGCGUGGGGGCUGAUGAAACUAGUGUCAGAAUCUUUUACGUACGAUGCGUUCACUGGGAAAUGGAAAGACAUUUCUCACAUGACACCGCCUGGGUUGUCUAAAGGCGAUAUGUUGUUUGCACAAUCGGAAAGCAUAAUGUACGCUAUCCCGCCGUACACAACAAAACAUCGUGGGUUGAUUGUGUAUAAUUAUCAACCACAUUCUGAUAUCCCAGUACGCUGGCGGCGUCAUGUUUUCCCGUGUCCCUGCUUCACGGACGACAUGCUGCCGACGGAGGUGCGUCUUGUCAACGCUUGUCUGUUUCAAAACUCGUUAUAUGUUCUGUGUUCGGAUCGCCAUCUGACGGACACUGAUGACAAUCUGUUCAUUGCGGAGAUAACUCCGACCGCGUCGUCAGAACUGAGUGUUAAUUUUGUUGUUGUGAACUUGAAUACUGCUGUAGACAGACAUUAUGUAAGAUUGUUUUCGAAUAGAGAAAAUUUAAUUUUACUGUUUACUUCUAGCGAUGAUCCAACUCUCCUCCCUAUCACCAAUUUCCUCGUAUUCACCUUACAUGAACUUUGUCGGGACACUGCCUCGUUUAAGGCUGUGACAAAAGUAAGUGCAACGCAAAUAGGAAUACGCUCAUUACCAGAGUUCUUACGCAAAUGUAAAAUUGCCCUAGUCGGAAAUAAUCUGUAUUUUUUGUCUGCAAUCGCAAAGGAAGAUAUAUUUUCCUUUAACGUAUUGUCUGGAAUUAGUUGCCUGAUAGCGCCCCCUCAGUGUGUGUUUGAUCCUUGGAAGGAUGUGGUGGCGUUUCUUCCUCUCGGUGUUCCUAUAGAAUUACAUAACUGUGCAACCAAGAUAAGAGAUGUAAAAAUUUAUGUCAUUAGAGAUGACCUAUAG